AUGGGCAAGAAGAAGUCAAGUAAGUCUUCACCACCAAAAUCCUCUGCACCAAAAUCCAUUUCCCCAAUAUCCACCUCACCAAAAUCUGCAACCUCCCCUUUCGCCCACUCGUCGUCUAAAAAAAUUGCGCCGGAGGCUGGGUCUAUCGUCGCGGCGGUGGAUGGCCCAAACAGUUCCCCGUCACUCCCUAUUCCUCUGCCACCCACCUCACCUCUUUCUUCUUCGUCUACCUCUUCGGUAAACCUUAUCGAACAACCUCCCCUCCUCCCCUCUCCCUUGAAAUCGACAUCUCUUCCAUUAACACCUCCAGUCUCCGAUGCUCCUGUAUUUGGGCUCUGUCCUCAGGAAUUUCCGCCGCUGCCUUCGAAGGCAAACGUUGUUUCGGUCAACCCUGGGCGCAUGUCUGCCUCACGCGCUUGUCAGGAUCCUUUUUCGUCUGCUCCUCCUCUGGAGCCCACUGCUCCACAGUUCCCUUGGGCUAACCGUCUUCGGCAAGCUUCACGCAACCUUUCUCGGCUCACCACGCCCACUUACUCCUCUGAUGGCACUCCCCGAGUCAAGGUACCUAGCUCGGUGUUCAGAGAGGCUUCUAAAGCUUGGACAGGUUACAUCGUAGGCCAAUUUUACGGUAUAGCUCCAAACACAUCCAGGAUCUUUCAGGCGCUUAACCCCAUAUGGGGUAGGAAAACCAGAAUCACAGUCCGACGUCUGGGUGAUUCGGCGUGUUUAUUUUUUAUCCCUGAUCUUGCUACUAGAGAAUGGGUACUAGAGGUUGGGAUUUGGCGAGUUGCCGACGUGAUGUUCACUCUCUCCGAGUGGUCUCCGACAUCUACUUUGCGUAAACCCACCCUCAAAUCUGCUCCGAUUUGGGUUACCUUGAAGAAUAUCCCUCUUGAGAUGUAUUCUCUGCAAGGAAUCAGUUAUGUUGCCUGUGGAAUUGGCGAACCGCUGCAUACCGAGAGAAUGAGACUCGACCCCCAACACAUCAGGGAGGCUCGAAUUAAAAUCGAAAUUCAACUAGGAGCUUCUCUGCCCAGUAUUGUUGAAGUUGAGGACGAGACAGGAGAGGUGAUCAAGGUUGAUGUUAGCUACUCGUGGAUUCCACCGCGUUGCCCAGGCUGCAACGAGUUUGGGCAUAAGAUUCAGUAUUGCCCUUUUAAAAGAUUGGACAUUGCGACCUCAGAGCAUCCUCCCCAUCAACCGUCACGUCCGCCACUGCACACCGAUAAAAAGCAGGAAGAGGUAUAUCCAGGUGACCCAUCCUCCCCUGCAGAUAUACCACCAGCAAAUGACCCACCGAUACCCCCCUCUCAUUCUCCACAACAAAUCACAUCCUCCCAUCCCCUUUCCCCACCACUAAACAAUCCUCCUCAUUCUUCAUCUCCAGUCGUGAACAACUCUCCCCUCAAGUUUUGUUUUGACUCAGAGGAGAAGUUGGUUGUUGAAACGCAAAGGCUACUUCGCUCCCGCUCAGUGGCAAUUCCCCGAUCCCUUGCAGACCCUCCGGAUACAAAGAAGGGUCAGAAGGGCCUAAAUGACACUUCAAAACAGCGGCAUCUGAAGAAUUGGAUCGCCAUGCACAAGCCUCUAAUUGGGAGUUUUACUGAAACCCGUAUUAGAGAAGAAACUGAUGCCCUUCGUAUUUCCCAAUCCCUCUUCCCGGGUUGGUCUUUUGCAAACAAUUACGGUUCAGCUCUUUUGGGUAGGAUUCUGAUAGCAUGGGGUCCGGUGUUAUCGGUGGUAGUCUUUUCAUCAUCAGCACAAAUGAUCACUUGUGGAGUAUUUGAACCCUCUUCUUCAAGAUAUGUCACUAUUUCUUUCGUAUACGGACGGAACACGCCAACGGAACGUCGAGAUCUAUGGGCAGAAAUCUCUAGCCUGGCUGCUAAUGACUUAGUUUCUACUAGGCCUUGGAUCCUAAUGGGAGACUAUAAUCAAAUUCUGAGGUCCUGCGAUCAUGGUUCAACAAUCUCGCCUCUCCUACACCGAUCUGGAAUGUCUGAGUUCCAAGCUUGCCUCUCCAACAGUGGUCUCUUUGAUCUCACAGUACGAGGUCAACACUUCACCUGGACAAACAACAACACAGUCAAUCCGAUUGUGCGGAAGCUGGACAGAGCACUAAUCAACGAAGCUUGGAUGCUUGCCUUCCCAGACUCUUUUGCAUUAUUCGAAGCUCCAGCCCCAUCGGACCACUGUCCAUGUGUUGUAACCAUCCCUCCGGAAAUUCCAACUAGAAAGAGGACAUCUUUCAAGUUCCUACACCUCCUGCUAAAGCACCCAGACUUCGUUCCCUUAGUUCAACGAGAAUGGGCGAAAGGCGACACCAUCGGGACCUAUAUGUACCGACUAUCACGGAAGCUCAAGAACCUUAAGUUUCACCUCAGAAGGCUGAACCAGACCUCUUUCAGUAACAUUCAGUCUCGCUCCGCAACAGCUUUGGAGGCUCUCAAAUCAGCGCAAGAAGCCAUGCUGCAGAACCCCUCUCCCAUUGCAGCAAGAAGGGAGGCCGAGUUGCGGACCUCUUGGUCUAUUUUGGCUAAUGCGGAGGAAUCCUUCCUUCGCCAAAAAUCCCGUAUACGAUGGCUAAAGGAGGGCGACCAGAAUACCAAGUACUUUCACAGGAUGGCGGUGGAUCACUUUGCUUCCAUUCUCGCUGCACGUGAUCAUAACUUGAUGGUCUGGUCUAGAGAAGAUGCUAGAGAACUGAUUGAAUACCAGUGCACUGAAUACACGGCUAGAUGCCUCUCCGCCAUUCCUUCAGAUGAGGAGAUCAAAGCUGAGGUUUUUAGUCUUCCUCUAAGCAAAGCACCGGGUCCCGAUGGUUACACGGCAGAAUUUUUUGUCGCAUGCUGGGAUAAAGUUGGUGCUGACCUAACUGCUGCGGUGAAAGAAUUUUUCAUAAUGGGCAGACUUCUACGGGAAUGGAACACGACGAUGAUUGCUCUAGUCCCAAAAACAAAAGGCGCAGAUCGGCUUUCACUUUUUCGUCCUAUCUCAUGUUGCAACACUGCAUACAAAGUUAUCUCUCGGAUCCUCGCAAAGAAACUAAAGCUGAUGAUGCAUGAUGCGGUACUCCCGAAUCAAACUGCCUUCAUCCCAGGGAGAUCUAUCACGGAGAACGUGCUUUUAGCCACAGAACUAGUGGCAGACUUUAGCACCAGAGGACGACCAAGCAGAGGAAUAAUCAAGGUUGACUUAAGUAAAGCUUUUGAUUCUGUUGAUUGGGCAUUUAUCCUGCGUAUAUUGCAGACAAUGGAGGUUCCCCCGAUUUUUCACCAAUGGAUCAAGGAAUGCAUCUCGACUACCUCUUUCUCCAUUUCUAUCAACGGCGAAACUGCAAGUUUCUUUAAAGGACAGAGAGAGGCGCUCUCUCUCUUCCGCCAAAAUGUCGAUCGCCCACUAUCUCAUCUAUGUUUUGCUGAUGAUGUUCUAGUGUUCUCUGAUGGUUCCUUCAGGUCACUACGAGCUAUUCUGGAUGUCUUUGACGAGUUCUAUAAGAUAUCUGGUUUGCACCUCAAUAAGGCUAAAUCAUGCUUAUUUAUGGACGGAAAUGAUACAGUGGUGGUGGAAUCUCUAUCACAACAGCUGGGUAUCUCUCAUUCCACUCUCCCGGUUCGCUAUCUGGGACUACCACUCUCGCCGAGGAAGUGGAACGAAACCGAAUGUGAUCGUCUAAGGGACUUAAUUCGAGGAAGAUUAAACUCAUGGACAGCGCGUCACCUGUCCUUUGUAGGCCGUCUACAGCUAUUGAAAUCAGUUAUCUUCAGUAUCAUUACCUUUUGGGCAUCAGCGUUUAUUAUCCCAAGUCGAUGUACAAGAGAUCUCGAACAAAUGUGCUCGGCCUUCUUGUGGAAAGGAACCAUCGAAUCUGCUGAAGGAGCUAAAGUGGCUUGGUCCUCUGUCUGCACGCCUAAAGCUCAGGGUGGUCUCGGACUCAGGAAAAUCGUCGAUUGGAACACUGUUUUGUGCUUGAAACUCAUUUGGAACCUGUUCAGCAAAGCAGGGUCCUUGUGGGUAGCUUGGGUAAAGGCACAUUUGAUUAAGGGGAAGCCUUUUUGGCUGCUCAAAAUUGGGGGAAAAGGAAGUUGGGCAUGGAGGCGUUUAUUAAAGCUGAUGCCUUUAUCUAGGAAAUUUCUGCGUUGUCAAGUGAGGAACGGGAGAUCCUGCAGUUUCUGGUUCGAUAGUUGGCUCCCUUCUGGGCCACUAAUUGAUAUCCUUGGUGACUCGGGCCCUCGCCUGCUCGGUAUUCCAAGGCUUGCCAAUGUCUCCUCCAUCUUCUCCGAGGAUGGAUGGCAUUUACCGCCAGCUCGUAGUCAGGUUGUAGAAUCUGUCUACAUAGAGAUCCUGGGAGCAACAAGGUCAACCCCUGAUGAACACGAUGACAUCCUCUAUUGGUCUGACAAGCAUUCUUCGAACUGAUUCCCGAACUUCAAUACAGCCAAGGCCUGGCAUCAGCAGCAAAUGCUUGCGUCAUCGGUCCCCUGGCACAAAACUGUAUGGUUCUCGCGAUCCAUCCCCAAGCACUCGUUCCUCACAUGGUUGGCUGUCCGUAACCGACUGCCUACCAGACGUAGGCUUGCGGCAUGGGGCCUGAAUGUCUCUACUACAUGUUCCUUGUGUGACGAGCAAGUGGAGGACAUAGACCACUUGUUCUUCCAAUGCUCGUACUCUUCGACUAUUUGGCCAAACAUUCUCCAGCAUUCUGGUAUCACGGUUCCUAGGCACCACUCUUUUGAGGAGAGCAUCAAUUGGCUGGUUUAAUGCCCAGGUAAUCAGCACAUUAAGCUCAUGGUGCACUUAAUUUUCCAGGCCUGUGUAUACUACUUAUGGCAGGAAAGAAAUUCAAAGAUCCAUAAUGGGGUGCAGAAACACCACACAAUCAUUCGGAAAGAUAUUCUCAGGCUAUUCCGCUGUAAAAUCUCCGUUAUACAAUCUCAGAAGAUGGGACUAAUCCAAGGAGACACUCUUCUCACGACUUGGUUUACCUUAUUUGAUCCAUUAUUAUGAGUUCUGGCUGUAUUGUUUGUGCUAGCGGAUGAAAUGAUUGUACUAUCCACUACUUUGUAAAGUUUGAGUUCAUAUAUGAAAUUACAGUUAACA